AGUUGCAGUGAAAAUUGUAUUACUCAUAUAAGUAAAGCAUUUAACUUAUUGUCAAAAUGUUUAUAAAAAUGCAAUCAUAAAGGAUUUAAUAAACAAACAUUGACGUUUUUAUUAGUGAAAUCUUAUUUAUCAUAAAGUAAUGACUACAUAAUUUGAUACUCACUUGCCGCAUGAAGUAAGUGAAGAGAUGGCAGAACGGCAACAAACGCCUUCUGACUUAAAAUGUAGGCCACUGGACAAAAUAAUAGAAGCAAUGACAGCAGGUUUAGAAAAUUCAAGCGAAAAUUAUGUACAAUUUGGUGUUAAUCCAUUACAAACAGUGUCACCACAUUGGGGAGAUUACUUAGCAAAUCGUGAAAGAGAUUAUUUGAUGAAUCAACCAUUACAUCAAAUUCCAAAUUUACCAUCAAUGAAUCCCGUAUCAGCUCCAAUUUAUAUGCAAGAUAUCGCAGCUUACAAUACAAAUACAGGGGAUCCAAUAUAUAUUUCUCCUCAGUCAGUCAAUCAUUUAGGUAUUAAUGAAAAUAACGAUUUAAUAGGUAUGAUUGAUGUUGGUGGAGGAAAGUAUAUUAAUGUUAUAUAUGGAAAUGCUUCACAAAUCGUUACAGAACAAUGUCAGGUUAAUAAUUUACCAUCAUUUAUAAAUCACCAAGGAGUAAUAGACAGAGAAUAUGGGCUAUUCAAUGAUCAACGAAUAACAGUACAGCAUAAUAAUUCUAAUCAGAGUACAAAUGGCAGACAAAUUAUUGAUAAUCUUGUGGGUAACUGGGUACCAAAUCAAUCUGGGACUUAUACUCCUUUCGGUGGAUCUUCUGAUGUUCCUUCAAUACAUCCAACGAAUCAAAACCAUGAACCUGAAGAACUGUUAAAAAAUACUCCGCCUGUUGAUACUCAACAAAAAAAACAUAGAAUAGUUGCUGAAGUGAAACCCAUGAGGCCGUCAUAUUCAUCUGUUUUAACUAAAACUGCACCACCAUCACCACCUCCUCCAAUUCCCCCUUCUGCAUCUCCUUUUAAUAUUAUACUGCCUAUGAGAUCAUCAUCAGAUCCUUUAAGUAAAAAAACUAAUGGAAAAAAUUCUAAGAAUAAAAAUAAAUUAAGUUUACUCAAAAGACAAAACUCCUCAGGAAGUGAUGAUCAUGGUUCACCGAAGAUGCAAAUUCCUAAAAAAAUAUUGGAAAAAAAUUAUUCCAAUCUCUCAAGACGUUGGGUUUCAUUAGAUAAUCUUGGCGUUCAAAGUGAAUGUCAUGAAAUUGAUGAUUUUAAUAAAUCCGAUCAGUUUGAGAAACGAAAGAAUAUUAAAGUAUCGAAAAAGAAUGAGAAAAAUGAUAUUUUAAAUAAUAGUAAAGUUCAAAAUGGUAAUAUUAAGGUAACUAAUAAUGUGUUAAAACGUUCAUUUCAAGUGAAUAAUAAUACUACUAAUAACAAUAACCACAACAAUAAUAAUGGUAAUAACAGCAAUAAUGGUAAUUCAAAUAUUUCAAAUCAGACAGUUACAACCGAUAAAACAGACAAAAAUCAACAUGUAAAUAAUAAAAAUAACAAAGAAGAUAAGAGAGUAUUUCGAGAGAAAACUUCAAAACGUUCUCAUGCUGAAAAAACUCAACAAAUAAAAAAAAUUCAGAAAAACCGUAAACGAGACUGUAAAGAAUCUCCGAUGAAAGAUUUAUAUAAAAAUUUAAAUAAAUAUGUUAAUCGUUGGAGUAAAGUUGGUUUAAAAAUUUUCCAUUGGCUCUUACAUUUAAUAUCAGAUGUAUUGAGUAUGAGUAUAAAUCUUGUAAUUCAAUUUGUUAAGUAUAUAUGGUUUUACACUUUGUUAUAUUUUAAAUACUCAUGUAACUAUGUUGUAUCUACAUUCUCUAAAAUGCAUACUUUAAAAGCAAUAGGAAAACGUAUUGAUAAUUGGUUCGAUAGUAGUAGUAAAUUUGCAUUUUGGCGUCGAAUAAAAUAUACUAAGCCUGGUAAAGAGGAAAAAACAAAUUGGAUUCAAGGUGGAUUAGAAGCAAACAUUGCAUUGCCAAGUACUGGAGAAGAAGCUAUGAAAAGAUUAUUGGCUUGUAAAGGAAAAGAUCCGUAUAGCAUAUUAGGUGUUACUCCAACAUGUCCUGAUGAUGAUAUUAAAAAGUAUUAUAAACGUCAAGCAUUUUUAGUUCAUCCAGAUAAAAAUAAUCAACCAGGUGCUGAAGAAGCUUUUAAAAUUCUCGUUCAUGCUUUUGAUAUAAUUGGAGAAUCAGAGCGUAGGCAAGCUUUUGAUCAAACUAGACAAGUGGAAGCAGCUUGGGGAGAAUUAAGUGAUCUUAUAUCUCAGUUACAUCGAAAAAUGGAGCAGGCGGCAAAUACUAUUAGAUGUACAAAUUGUGGCUUGAGACAUAAACGAAUUCCUACUCAGAGACCUUGUUAUGCUGCAAGAUUUUGCGCUCAGUGUAAAAUUCGGCAUAGUGCAAAAGAGGGUGAUAUUUGGGCUGAAUCACGAAUUAUGGGUUUUUUAUGGCACUAUUAUGCAUGUAUGGAAGGUGCGAUCUACGAUGUAACAGACUGGGCUGCUUGUCAAGCAGGAAAUCUUAAACAUUUGAGAGCUAAUACACAUAGUGUUCAAUAUCGUAUUGUUUUGGGUCAACGUCCUUCAACUCAAAUGUCUAGUGGUAGUAAUAAAAAGCGUCAACAAACGGAUUCUAGUGCAACUGAUGCUGAUCUGGAAGAUUUCUUAAAUAAUUUAUACAACCAGAAUAAAACCAAUUCAACAAAAGAUCAAGCUUCGAAAACCGAUAAUCGUCGUCGUAAAACAAAGCGCAAAUGAACUGUACGUUAUUCCUGUUUUAGUAGAGCGCUUUACCGUAUUAAUGCCAGCUAAAUUAUCUGCUCAUCUGUAAAAUUAUAACUUUUUUUUAAUCCAAGGGCUUAUAAUUACUGAAUAAAUAUUGAAUAUCUCAUAUUAUUCUGUUAUGUAAAGAAGUAAAUGAAUGAAAAAAUUUUUUUUAUAUAAAAUGUAUUUA